UUUCCUAAUUCUUAUAGUUGGAGUACAUAGAAGAAGAGGGAAAAGGAAAUAUUUCAUUCACCCAGGGAGAAGAUGCCCUCACCAAGGCUAUGGGAAAAAAGGAUCACCGUGGGCGUGUCAAGGCAACAGGUGGAGUUAAUGUCGGUUACAAAGUUGCUUUCGGUCCAAUAGACCGAAGUAGUAGAUGUGGCCAUAUUGAACCAUCACCGGAGGCUAUCGAAUCAAUCAGAGCUUCGGUGAGAAGGGAGUUUGAAGAUCAAUUAGAGAGAAAGGUGGCGGAGGCCCUCCAAAACCAACUAGCCACAUUGAAAGCAACCGGUCAACUAAACACCCUCUCUACCCCCGCACUUGAUUCUGCUCUUGUAAGUGAUGAGUUUGAUGUUAACCGUGCACUCGUAACCUGUUGUCCGAGUUCAUCGCAGCAACCACGCGAGCUGAAGGCCAUAACUCCAUGUCGUCUUGCCCUUGAGGAUAAAGUUUUGGGUAACAAAGUGAUAGUGGCAGAUGGUAUGGCGUACCCAUUGGAUGGUUCGUUGCACCAACACUUUAGAUCGAUGAAGCCUAGUCAUUAUAAGGUCCAAGUUGAUUGUAUUUACGACGGACAUGAUGAUGACACUCUUCCGGUACCUACUGGAGAUGGAUUCAAUAACUUAGGCAGGGCUCUUGCUAGUUUUGUGCAAUGGCCAAUUCACUUGGUGAUUUUCGAAGAAGACGAGGAGUACUCUACUCCACGCCCAACAAAGAAGUCCAAGAGUCAGAUUUUUGAAGAGGUGGUUGGUAGCUCCAAAGAGAAGAAAAACGAAUUAAUUGUCAAAGAGAAGACAACAGAAUUAAUUGUCAAAGAGAAGGCAACACUUGAUUUAGGGUCCAAAGAGAAGACAACACUGAAGUUAACGGCCAAGGAAAAUUCAUGCUCAAAUAAGUUGGAGUCGAAAUCGAAGUCGAAGAACUCUAAGACGGCCAAAGAGAUGGUAGGUAGUUGUGAUCGUAAAACUGAAGAAUCAGCCGCCAAAAGUAAGAAGCAAAAUUUGGCAGACGACACAAUUCAAGGUCUUGGCCCAUCAUGCAAUUAUUUGAAGUUUAUCAUCAAUACGGCGCCCGGUGAUGUAUAUAAAAAUACUUCAAUCCCAUUGCCCGCUUCGGUUUGGCAUUAUGACGAAGAUCGACAAACUUAUGUAAAUGAGGUUGACGUUGAAGAGUUCCUUAGAGGGGCGUGCCUCAACAUUUCAGUGAUCCAAGUCUAUAUGAUGUGUUUAUUCCACGAACACACCUUUGCAUUUGACAACUCUCAGAUUGGGUUUGUUUGUCCCGAGGCAAUGUCAAGCUCUAGAAUCAAGGCCAACCCUCAGGCUGCAUCAAUGUAUUUGAAAGUAGUUUUCAAUGCUGAAAUUGAAAAGGAGAAGAAGGGUGAUCCUAACAUUACCAAGUGGUUUUUGAUCCCAUACCAUCAAGAAAAUCAUUGGAUUUUGUACGUGUUAGACCUACGUAGAGGUUGUGCGUAUAUUUUCGACUCUGCGAUAGGUUCCAACCGAGAAAAUAGUGCAUGGGGAAUCUUGUGUUUGGCAUACCAAGUGUACAAGUUUAAUGAUGGGAUUUGUCCGAAUAGAGCGACUAUGCAGGGGUUGAAAGGGUUCCAUGUAAAGGUAUAUCAUGCUUACUAA